GUGCUGCCUGACGGGCAUCGUCCAUUUUUUGCUGCACUGGCACGCGCGCAAGAGAUCCGGGGGGAAUGUGGAGCAUUGGUGGGUUCUUCACGACAAAACCUGGGAUUUGAGAUGCUGGAAGAACUGUCUGAGCAUCAAGAAACAGCAUUCAGGCGCUUGCACUCUUACAUCUUGCAGCGUUGCGCGGGAUUGGAGCGAGAUGACCCUCAGGAGGAGGUGGAGGAA